AUGCUUCGAGUCGCCCUCAUUUCAGCUUCCCGUCGCCCUCAUUUCAGCUUCCCGUCGCCCUCAUUUCCCUUCCCGUCGCCCUCAUUUCCCUUCCCUUCGCCCUCAUUUCCCUUCCCGUCGCCCUCAAUUCCCUUCCCGUCGCCCUCAUCCCCCUUCCCGUCGCCCUCAUUUCCAUUCCCGUCGCCCUCAUUUCCCUUCCCGUCGCCCUCAUUUCCCUUCCCGUCGCCCUCAUUUCCCUUCCCUUCGCCCAUCAUUUCCCUUCCCGUCGCCCUAAAUUCCCUUCCCGUCGCCCUCAUUUCCCUGCACGUCGCCCUCAGUCCCCUUCCCGUCGCCCUCAUUUCCCUUCCCGUCGCCCUCAUUUCCCUUCCCGUCGCCCUCAUUUCCCAUCCCGUCGCCCUCUCUUCCACUCACCCUCUCAUCCUCCGUUCAUCUCAUCCGCCCUUCAUCUCAUCCGCCCUUCCUCUCAUCCGCCCUUCAUCUCAUCCGCCCUUCCUCUCGUCCACCCUCCCCCUCAUCCGCCCUUCAUCUCAUCCACCCUUCCUCUCGUCCACCCUUCCUCUCGUCCACCCUUCCUCUCGUCCUCCCUCCCCCUCAUCCGCCCUUCCUCUCAUCCACCCUUCCUCUCAUCCUCCCUUCCUCUCAUCCUCCUUUCCUCUCGUCCUCCCUUCCUCUCAUCCUCCCUUCCUCACAUCCUCCCUUCCUCACAUCCUCCCUUCCUCUCAUCCUCCCUUCCUCUCAACCUCUCUUUCUCUCAUCCUCUCUCCCAUUCAUCCGCCCUUCCUCUUAUCCUCCCUCCCUCUCAUCCGCCGUUCCUCUCAUCCUCCCUUCCACUCGUCCUCCCUUCCUCUCAACCUCUCUUUCUCUCAUCCUCGCUUCCUCUCAUCCUCCCUUCAUCUCAUCAUCCCAUCCUCUCAUCCUCCUUUUCUCUUAUCCUCCUUUCCUCUCGUCCUCCCUUCCUCUCUUCCUCUCUCCCUCUCAUCCUCCCUUCCUCUCAUCCUCCCUUCAUCUCAUCAUCCCAUCCUCUCAUCCUCCAUUUCUCUUAUCCUCCUUUCCUCUUGUCCGCCCUUCCUUUCAUCCUCCUUUCCUCUCGUCCUCCCUUCCUCUAUUCCUCUCUCCCUCUCAUUCUCCCUUCCUCACAUCCUCCCUUCCUCACAUCCUCCCUUCCUCUCAUCCUCCCUUCCUCUCAACCUCUCUUUCUCUCAUCCUCUCUCCCAUUCAUCCGCCCUUCCUCUUAUCCUCCCUCCCUCUCAUCCGCCGUUCCUCUCAUCCUCCCUUCCACUCGUCCUCCCUUCCUCUCAACCUCUCUUUCUCUCAUCCUCGCUUCCUCUCAUCCUCCCUUCAUCUCAUCAUCCCAUCCUCUCAUCCUCCUUUUCUCUUAUCCUCCUUUCCUCUCGUCCUCCCUUCCUCUCUUCCUCUCUCCCUCUCAUCCUCCCUUCAUCUCAUCCACCCUUCCUCUCGUCCACCCUUCCUCUCGUCCUCCCUCCCCCUCAUCCGCCCUUCCUCUCAUCCGCCCUUCCUCUCAUCCUCCUUUCCUCUCGUCCUCCCUUCCUCUCGUCCUCCCUCCCUCUCAUCCUCCCUUCCUCACAUCCUCCCUUCCUCACAUCCUCCCUUCCUCUCAUCCUCCCUUCCUCUCAACCUCUCUUUCUCUCAUCCUCUCUCCCAUUCAUCCGCCCUUCCUCUCAUCCUCCCUUCCUCUCAUCCUCCCUUCAUCCCAUCCUCUCAUCCUCCAUUUCUCUUAUCCUCCUUUCCUCUUGUCCGCCCUUCCUUUCAUCCUCCUUUCCUCUCGUCCUCCCUUCCUCUAUUCCUCUCUCCCUCUCAUCCUCCCUUCCUCUCAUCCUCCCUUCCUCACUUCCACUCUCCCUCUCAUCCUCCCUUCCUCUCGUCCUCCCUUCCUCACAUACUCCCUUCCUCACAUCCGCCCUUCCUCUCAUCCUCCCUUCCUCACAUCCUCCCUUCCUCUCAUCCGCCCUUCCUCUCAUCCUUCCUUCCACUCAUCCACCCUUCCUCUCAUCCUCCCUUCCUCUCAUCCUCCCUUCCUCUCGUCCUCCAUCCCUCUCGUCCUCCCUCCCUCUCAUCCUCCCUUCCUCACAUCCUCCCUUCCUCACAUCCUCCCUUCCUCUCAUCCUCCCUUCCUCUCAACCUCUCUUUCUCUCAUCCUCUCUCCCAUUCAUCCGCCCUUCCUCUCAUCCUCCCUUCCUCUCAUCCUCCCUUCAUCUCAUCAUCCCAUCCUCUCAUCCUCCAUUUCUCUUAUCCUCCUUUCCUCUUGUCCGCCCUUCCUUUCAUCCUCCUUUCCUCUCGUCCUCCCUUCCUCUUUUCCUCUCUCCCUCUCGUCCUCCCUUCCUCUCAUCCUCCCUUCCUCACUUCCACUCUCCCUCUCAUCCUCAUUUCCUCUCAUCCACCCUUCCUCUCGUCCUCCCUCCCCCUCAUCCGCCCUUCCUCUCAUCCACCCUUCCUCUCAUCCUCCCUUCCUCUCAUCCUCCCUUCCUCUCAUCCUCCCUUCCUCUCGUCCUCCCUUCCUCUCUACCUCUCUCCCUCUCAUCCUCCCUUCCUCUCGUCCUCCCUUCCUCUCGUCCUCCCUCCCUCUCGUCAUCCCUUCAUCUCAUCAUCCCUCCCUCUCAUCCGCCGUUCCUCUCAUCCUCCGUUCCUCUCAUCCCCCCUCCCCCUCCACAACAUUUUCAUUCUCUGUUUGCCAUUUGA